UUUUUUUUUUAGCUCUCCUGUGCUACUAAUGGGUGGAUUUGUGUGAGAGAAGAUAUGCGUAGCUAUACAUGUUCUUAUGACUAGAAUACUCACACGCGUAAGUUGUACAAACCACUUUAUUAUUCUAGCAAACUUCGAUAACUACAUCAAGGGCAAGAUCUUCCGAGACCAGCUCACGGAUAUCCUCGGCCGUGGGAUCUUUGUCUCGGAUCAGGACGCCUGGCGCUUCCACCGCAAGACCGCCGCCAACAUCUUCACGACAAAACUCUACCGACAACUAGUCGAAGGAGCCUUCCACGAUACCGGGCUUGAUCUCUGCUCUGUGCUGGAGAAGGAUCGAUUGGCGCAGCGGCCCGUGGAUCUGCAGGAGCUGUUUCUGAAGCUGACGUUAGAUGCGUUUGGGAAGCUGACGUUUGGACUGGAGUUCAAUGCGCUGACGUGCGAGGGCCCGAACGAGUUUGGGGAUGCGUUCGAUUAUCUCACAGCGAAUGUGGAUACACGCGUCUCGAAUCCAUUUUGGUUUAUCACAGACUGGAUCCUGCCUGGGAAGAUGACCAAAUUGAGAAAUGCGAUUGGGGUGUUGGACAAGUUCGCGAGUAUGGCAAUUGAGAAACGGAAGGGUGAAUCCGUGGAAGAGAAGGAGAAGAGACCGAAGGAUCUGCUGGACCAUUUUAUUAACCAUGUGGCGGAUGAUGGAAGCAAGCUCACGAAUGUCGAGCUCCGAGACGUGUUUGUCAACUUUAUGAUCGCUGGACGUGAUACAACAGCACAGGCACUGACCUGGCAAUUCUACUCGCUGAUGACCAAUCCACGGGUGAUGAACAAUCUCGUACAUGAGAUUGAUGUGGUCCUCCAGGGCUCUCAGGCCUACACCUAUGAAAUUAUGACCCAUGGGCUCCCGUACCUGAAAGCGGUCUUUCACGAGACGCUACGUUUAUACCCGCCGGUCCCCAAGAAUGUCAAGACAGUAGUCGAUGAUGAUGUCCUCCCCGGAGGCGUGCGUGUUUAUAAGGGCGACGUGAUCGGCAUCUCAUCCUGGUGUCUGGCCCGCAACAAAGAGGUCUGGGGCGAGGAUGCAGAGCAGUUUGUCCCAGAGCGCUGGCUGGUGUACCCGUCUGCUGACUCGACCUCGAAUAUGAGUAGAGAUGCCAACUCCACUGCGGACAAGACGAACUUGAGUCCGUUUGGCAAGUUUAGGAUGGAGAGCCCUUACAAGUUCACGUCAUUCAAUGCAGGACCGAGACUGUGUCUGGGUCAGACGUUUGCGACUCUGGAGGCAUUGGUAACAACGACGCUGCUGUUGCAAAAGUACGAGUUCGGACUCGUUCCUGGACAGCAGCCUGCAGUUGUGAAGGGCUCGGUGACGCUGCCGAUGGCAUAUCCGCUGAUGACGAAGGUGACCAGCAGGGUCCGCGCUUAGAGGCGUUAUGAGACAAAAGACACCAAAGCAGCAGAGCAUCAAAACAACGUGUAGUCUACAUAGUCAACGGCUAUAGUCUUUCAAUUGGAUUUAUGAAUACAUGGCAGCAAAUAUACGGAAGAAAGGGUCUUUCCUUAACAGGAAACGAAUUCUCCGCAUUUUGCCAUUCACCAUUCGCCUUUUCAUAAGAAAGUUGUUGGGCCAAGCCUAUUGAGAGCACAACGAUGAGUCCACUCGCGGUGGUCUUUUUUCUUUUUUCUUUUUUCUCUUGUGGAGCAGACCAUGUUGUGCAC